AUGGGGGUGUCACAGGCGAAGAUUAACGUUAGUACGGAGACCAACGUUAAUACGGAGACCAACGUUAGUACGGAGACCAAUGUAAGUACGGAGACCAACGUUAGUACGGAGACUAACGUUAGUACGGAGACUAACGUUAAUACGGAGACCAACGUUAGUACGGAGACCAACGUUAGUACGGAGACCAAUGUAAGUACGGAGACCAACGUUAGUACGGAGACUAACGUUAGUACGGAGACUAACGUUAGUACGGAGACUAACGUUAGUACGGAGACUAACGUUAGUACGGAUCUCGUAGUAAUACAGCCAAUCCGAAACACAUGUACAAGCGCGUGUGUGCUGCAGAUGCGAGGCGGAAGAAGGGGCCAAAUGAAUGCAAUUUGUGGGGUCGGUAGCUUAUAUGGGUUGUUUUCCUUCCUCGUUCACGUUUAGACGUUGUAUGUGUACCGUGUGUACUUCGAAUGGAGUAUCUUCCGUACUGAAUUCUCAGGACACUCGCUUUACUGCCCAUUUGCAUGCUUAUACGCUCUACUAUGUGGUGGGUUCGUAGCUGACCGUCUUGCAUCCAUACAUGUGUACCGACAAAGAGUACAGAUAAGUAGAACACGUACCUUGAUUUUUGUGUGUGUGCAAGUCAUUUACACACAAAAAGAUAUUUAAUAUGAAUGCAGGAUGGUUUGUAGACAACAGAUGUGAGAUUUUAAUAGUUUUCUCGCGUCUCAAUUGGUAAGGUUUUAGUACUAACUGUUAUCUCGUACAAGGUUCAGGGUGACUUCCGUCUCCAACGUACAAUGGCGAUAUCUUAACCCGUAUGCCAAGUAUGCUCAAACAGUACAGCUGGCGCUUGCCUGCUUGGUAUUGGUCAAUGCCUUCAGAGCCUUUAUUGUUAUGUCACUUACUGUAUGUCAGGCACGGUCGCGUCCGAGAAUAGCACAGCCAACAACGCGUAAAAGCUCAGCUUCCGCAUAUUAAAUAGCGGGGGUUCCGCGAAGGCAGAAUUCAACCGGUGCCUGUCGCCACAGAAGCGACAGGCACCAUUCCGGUACUUCCUUUGCCGUGGUACCAAAAUAUAAUGUACAUCGCACACUUCUAUUAAUGGCAAGAUGCCACCGCGUCAAAACUGACGAGUUAUAACAAGUUACCAUGCCUCAAGCUUUCGGUGAUAUUCUGUAGGAGGAC